UUGUAUCAUUUCAUUCUUGAGGCUCAACAAAUUAAAUUAGUGGUUAAGGUUGUUGGAGGAGCUCUAACAAGAGAUGGAGACACAAAAUUGGUUCGAAAGAGUGAAGCCUUUAGCAGCUGUGGUAUCAAUGCAGUUUGGAUAUGCAGCUAUGGAUGUUCUAUCCAAGGCUGCAAUGAACAAAGGGAUGAGCAACUAUGUGUUUGUCGUUUAUCGUCAUGCUGUUGCAUUCUUUGUUAUGGCCCCUUUGGCAUGGUUUUUUGACAAGAAAGUAAGGCCAAAGAUGACAUUAUCAAUUUUCAUGAAGAUAGCGGUGCUCAGCUUGCUAGAGCCAGUUAUUGACCAGAAUUUGUAUUUUUUGGGGAUGAAGUACACAACAGCAACCUUUGCCGUUGCCACGACCAAUAUGCUUCCUGCCAUUACCUUUAUCUUCGCAUGCAUUCUUAGGCUUGAGAAGAUAAAAAUAAAAAGUAUAAGGAGCCAAGCAAAGGUGGUAGGAACUCUAGCAACUGUUUCGGGUGCCAUGGUUAUGACACUGCUGAAAGGUCCCGUACUUUUAGGGUCACACAGAAGCAAUGAUCACGGCCAGCACAAUGGGACAAGUAUGCAGCAUACAAUAACGGGAUUCAUAAUGAUCACAAUUGGAUGCUUUAGUUGGGCUUGUUUCGUGAUCCUACAAGCUAUUACGCUUAAAACCUACCCUGCUGAACUCUCUCUUUCUGCGUGGAUAUGCUUAAUGGGCACAAUUGAAGGUGCCGCAGUGGCUUUGAUUAUGGAAAGGGGCAACCCUUCAGUUUGGUCUCUAAAAUUGGACAUGAAACUGCUAUGUGCAGUCUACACUGGCAUAGUGUGCUCGGGAAUGGGCUAUUACUUGCAAGGAGUAGUGAUCAAAACUAGAGGCCCAGUCUUCGUAACAGCUUUUAGUCCCCUCUGCAUGGUAAUCGUGGCUGUCAUGAGCUACUUUAUUCUGGCCGAACAAGUGUUUCUUGGAAGAAUGAUCGGUGCCGUUAUUAUUUGUUUGGGCCUAUACGUUGUGGUGUGGGGGAAAAGCAAAGAUUAUAGCCCACCAAACCCAAAUACUCAAGAGCCCACAUUACCGGCAAAACAAAUAGUAAAUGAGGACAAUGCUAAGAAGGAGAAUUACAAUUGCACUCACGAAGUCAUCAACGUCAACAAUUUUGGAAAUGGAAUCACUAGAAAUGAAGAACUAGUGUGAGGAAAGCUUUACCAUUUACUAUCUAAAAUUCAACUAUUCUAGGACAUUCCAGCUAUGCCAGUGUUCCUAGUUGUUUAAUCUUUCAAUUACGAUUUACGAGAGCAUAGAUUUUUAACGUGUUGUAAGUUAUCUCAACAAGGCAGGUAGAUAACUAAAAAAUAGUAGUGAAACUUUGAAAAUAGAUUAUGAUGUUGCAUAUAACUAAAUGUCAAGGUGUAACAGCAGCAAUAAAAGACAAAGGUACCUAUCAAACUUCCUUUUGUCA